AUGAUGGUUUCGGCAGUGCCGCGAUGCGGGCCGGUGGUUCCAAGAGGCCACCAAGCCCGAGGCCGGGUGACGGGAGCGGGAGUCUUGGCCGGCGGACUGGGCUUUGCCCGGGUUCCACGACUUCGACAACUUCGGCACCGUCGCAGUCGAGGCAACUUGGAGGAGCUGCGGGAGAAGAACGGGUUGCCCAAUCUCGAGCUGUACGUGGCGGAGGAUCCAUCUCUGGCCGCCUGGAUCUUCCAGGCGGCCGGCUUCGUUCUGGUGCCCGGAGCUGUCAGCGAGAAGUGCUGCCGCGAGCUGAAAAUGGCCUGCGAGGAAGAAGAGGCCAAGCUGCUGCAGCAGGAUCCCCUGCGCCGCGGCAACCGCGGGAAGGGCAGAUACUCGCUGGGCGAGGCGCAACGCACCGGACACUUGUUGCACCGAGAUGAGUGGGCCGCCCUUAUGGACCUCGAGAAGGUGUCUCCAGUUCUGAAGCAUAUCUUUGGAGCGCAUGGCUACGUUUGCGCGGGUGCCGGCGGGGACUUCGUUCUGCCGCGGAUCGCAGAGUACCAGCCGUUGCACGUGGAUCUGAACUUUCCGGACUGUCACACCAGGAAAGCGUCCCCAGUUGUCACGCUCAAUGUGGCCGUCGAGCCCUUGACCUGGUUGAACGGUCCAACGCGAAUCAUCCCGGGCACCCACGUCACGGAGCUCGCGGAGCUCCGGGAGCCGCAGGCCUGGCGCUACUUCACGCUGGCGCCCCUUCCGGCAGGCACUGCGAUCCUUCGCGACAAUCGUGCCUGGCAUGGCGGCACUCCCAACAUGUCAGCCGAAACUCGAUUUCUGCCGAACGUGGAGUUUGCCGCCACAUGGUGGUGCCAGGGUUCGACGGAUCAUCUUUGGCGGAAUCCCUGGAAGUUGGCGCCGCGAUGUAUGCCUUACGACCUUUGGAGCAGGCUUUCGCCCUUCGGCCAGCACAUCUGCAGGCUCGUCGUCACGAAGGCGUCCUUGAGCUAUGGACUACGAGACGCAUUCUUGAGGGGGUAG